UUCUACUUCCACUUUGUGAUUGUUGGCAUGUCAACGUCAUCGUAUUUUCCGUAUUGAUUCACUUUCUUGAUUAUUGGUGUUGGAGCUCCGAAUCUUUUCAGCUUACUGCCACGUUCUGUAGAUUUAAUAAUAUUUGUGUGAAGAAUACAAUUCAAAAUGCCUGCUCCAUCUAGUGCUACAUCUGUAGGUGCUGGUAGUAGAUCGCCAAAGUCAAUGGCUCCUAGAGCAGGCUCUGGGUCCACUGUGAAACAGAGGAAAACUGGUGGUGCUAGCUCUAGUAACCGAACAAGAACAACUGGUGCAAACAGUGGUGGAAUGUGGAGAUUCUAUACAGAUGACUCACCUGGAAUCAAAGUUGGCCCAGUUCCAGUUUUAGUUAUGAGCCUUCUUUUCAUUGCAUCUGUAUUUAUGCUGCACAUUUGGGGAAAAUAUACCAGAGGUUGAAUCCGGUUAAAAUAAACACUAAUCAAAAUUUAUUCUCAAGUAAUAUUAUUCUCAUUCCAUUUAAGACUUCACCUAUUUUGUGUACACUUUCCUUGUAACUGUAAUAAAUUUAUACCUUCAUACAAA